AUGCCAGUUACAUGGACAUCAUUAUCUCGUCAAUAUCGGAGUGACAGUGAAUUUCGAGGGAGCAUUAAUUACUUCGCUGGAAGUUUUGCUAUAGCAUUUCUCUCAUGGUAUUCCGGAGCGAAAUUCUCAAUAUUGGCGAUAGCUGUUUGCAUCCCAGCGUCCUAUUUUAGUGGACGAUAUAGUGGACAGAAACCGAUUUGUAGUGCACAAGCGUCUUUUCUUGGCUUGGUAAUUGCUCUAUAUCUGUAUUGGAGGAUGACUCCUGUAGCAAUGUUCUGCUGCUAUACUUUUAUUUUUUCGAUUUUUCACUUUUCUGAAUUCUUCUUCACUGCGAUUUCAAAUCGUCGAUCUCUUCAACCGGAUUCAUUUUUGCUGAAUCACUCUACGGCUUACUGGAUUGCUGCUUUGGCAAGUUGGAUAGAAUUCUUCUCGGAGGUGUACUUUACUCCAUUCCUAAAAGUACAAUCAAUCAGUAUGUUGGGAGUAGCAGCAUGCCUCUGUGGUGAAGUUAUUCGUAAACUUGCUAUGCUACAUGCAGGAAACGGUUUCACGCAUCGAUUAGCACUAUCAAAGCGCCCCGACCAUCGUCUUGUUACGACAGGCAUCUAUGGUUUCCUUCGACAUCCUGGAUAUACAGGUUGGUUCAUGUGGAGUAUAGGCACGCAAUUGAUCCUCUGCAAUCCGCUUUGUUUGUGCGGGUACGCUUACGUCAGUUGGCAUUUUUUCAAUGAACGAAUUUACGACGAGGAAAGAGACUUAAUUAACUUUUUCGGCCAACAGUACAUCAAUUAUCGUAGAGAUGUAUGGGUUGGAAUACCUUUCGUUAAAGGAUUUGAACCAUAA